GAGAGAGAAGAAGAAGAAGAAGAAGAAGCACAAAGUCCAGAGAGAGAGAGAGGCUGAGAAGAAUCUCCAUUGUUCGAGACACGACACAACUUGAGCGAUCUUUGGUCUCCUUCAUCUUCUCUAAACCAAUGACGGGGCUUGUGAUGGUGACUAAAUCUACCGUUGGUUGCGGCGGAGGAAAAGGAGGAGGAGGAGGAGGAGGAAGAAGCAAACCCACCGUGGAGGAGGAAGAGCAGAACCAGCAACUCUCUCUUGUUGAGUUUCUACUAACAGCUCUUCGUAAAUCCGUAAUCUCCUGCCGCGUCGAUAAUAACGGUCAAGACGACGUCGUAGGAGGAGGAGGGAUCUCUUCCGCAGCCGUUCAUCACAUGGAGAUCGGAUGGCCAACGAACGUCCGACACAUCACACACGUGACAUUCGAUAGAUUCCACGGCUUCCUCGGUCUCCCACACGAGCUUCAAGUCGAGAUCCCAUGUCGUGUCCCUAGUGCAAGUGUAAGUGUGUUUGGUGUCUCUGCGGAAUCAAUGCAAUGUUCUUAUGACCAGAAAGGAAACAGUGUCCCAACUAUUCUAUUACUAAUGCAGCAAAGACUCUACUCUCAGCAAGGUCUCAAGGCUGAAGGGAUCUUUAGGAUAAACCCUGAGAACAGUCAAGAGGAACAAGUGAGAGACCAACUCAACAGAGGUGUUGUUCCUGAGAACAUUGAUGUGCAUUGCUUGGCUGCUCUUAUCAAGGCUUGGUUUAGAGAGUUGCCUUGUGGAGUGCUUGAUGGUCUUUCUCCUGAGGAGGUUCUUAACUGCAACACCGAGGAGGAAUCUGUUGAGCUUAUAAAGCAGUUGAAGCCUACUGAGUCUGCUCUGCUCAAUUGGGCUGUUGAUCUUAUGGCUGAUGUUGUUGAGGAAGAAGAGUUUAACAAGAUGAAUGCCAGGAAUAUUGCCAUGGUUUUUGCUCCUAACAUGACUCAGAUGACAGAUCCAUUAACGGCUCUUAUGCAUGCUGUUCAAGUGAUGAACUUGCUUAAGACUCUCAUCACCAGAACAUUAGCUGAACGCGAAGGAACGACAAGCGGAUCAGAAGGAUAUUCACCAUCCCAUUCAUCAAAUUCCCAAACUGACUCUGACUCAGACAAUGCACAAGACAUGGAAGUCAGCUGUGAAUCACAAGGCACAGAUUCUGAAUCCGGAGGGGAAGAAGAACAAGAACAACAAGAUGAAAACGAUAUUGGAUCAUUAAGCUCGAUAGAGAACUGCUUCUUGAGUCAGCUCAACAACAAUGCUAGAGUUUCAAACAGCAGUAUGUCUGAAGACUUGAGCCCAAAAUGCUCUCCAGUGGUAUCAUUCACAGACAGCAAAAACAACACUUUAAGCUCAAGCAAAAGCGACCAAGAUGAAGCUAUGACCGUCUAAUUCAAAGCGAGUUUCCACGGGUGUUCCGGUAACAAUCACAUUUGUUUGUAGCUUUCUUUGUUUUUCUGCUUAAUCUGCUGCAGAGAACAAACACAAGAAGGAAGAGAACUUGGUUGUGUCUGUAAAUCGAAUACAGAGAUUAUUGUCCAACUUUGUUAGGGUCUUUAGAGUUUGUUGGGUGCUGAGUCUGAUAAGGGUUCAACAAGGGCUGAACCUGUCUGUUGACUGUUGUUGUAGUCCUUACUCCCAUGUUUGUGUGUUGUGCUGUUUGGUUUGUUUUAGCAAAGAUAAUCUGAUGAUCUCUCUUUCUAAUUUCAUUUGAAUCAUCAUUGAAUC